CUACGUCUUGUUAGCGCUAUUACGUCAUUUACAUGGUUUGGGCAAAUGAAAUUAAACAAAUUCUUUGUAAAUUAACAAGCAAAAUGAUUUUUAGACAAACAAACAUGAAAUCGACUAAUGACUUUCAAUGUGUUACCUUUACCAAAUUUCUUCUCAAUUUACUAAAAUUGGAAGUAGUUAGUUGUUGGAGUAAUUUAUAUGCAGAGGCAUACAUUGAAACAGAUAAUGGUUUACUUUCCAGCGAAGACAAUGAAGGAAAAAGACAAUAUUACCAUCUAAAGUUAGAUAAAGAAUUGACUCCAGUUAGUGGACUACUAGAAAUCAAGAUCUUGGACAGCUGUUUCAUCCUAGCUUUUAGGACUCUUCACCAGUAAGCACCAAAAACUAGGACGAAAUAGCUGUCCAGUACCCUCUGAUUUUCAAUGG